UGAGAAAAAAAAGAAAAACUGUCCAGUUGUCUGUAUUUUGCGUCAUCUCACAAUUAGGAAUAUUUGUGCAGUUUUAAAUCGUGAAUUUAUGUUGAAUUUAUGAAAGAGCACAUCUGUUUGUUUCAGUCGUUCACAAUUCACCCUCAGUAUACUUCAUUAAGAUUAUUCGUUACGUUGUGUUGUAUUGCUAUAAUUAAAUUUAUUUUCGUUGCUCUGAAUUAGCUUACAAACUUGAUAACAGUAUCGUAGUAGUAGUGUGUAAACACCGGGUAAAGUUUGUGAAAAAUGUCCAACGAAUGGGAAGUUGUCAGUAAACAGAAGAAACCACGGAAAGCGGGUGGAGAUAAAAAUAAAAACUCCACCUCCGCCAAAUUAGGAUCAGCGGCGCGAGAAGAUGCUGACACUAUGGAUCAGAUUCGGUCGUUGUACACUAACGUGAAGGACCAUAUAUUGCUAGACCAUAAUGGAGACAAUAAGGAGAACAACAAGAACAACCCGAAACUGGCCAAUGGAAAACAGCAAUCGCAUCAACAGGAGAGAAAGCGAUCACCUGUACGGGGACAACAUCUCCAAAAUAAGGCUAAACAGAAUCGAGAGGCGGAAAAGAAACAGCAAGCUAAGCCAAAAUUCAAAGAUCUAGAGACGGGCUUAAAAUCGCUCGUUGUCAGCGACCUGCGGUUUAAUCUGUGGACCGUGAAUGAAAAUUUCAGAGACAAUCAUUUGAUGAAGCUUAAAGCGAUAGCGGCAUUUUUCAACGAGAGCCUUCGCAUCGAAGAAGCGGUCGAUCCACUGUUUGUAGAUAAAUCAUUAUCCUACCCAUACGACACAAUUUCGCAAGAACUGAAAGACCUAAUUGAUGAAUCAAUUGCAAAGGCGGGAGAACAAAACGUUCAAUAUUUUUACGAUUUAACGUUGUCUAACUUAGCCAGUGAUAUGAACAAAAACUUGCCUCACUUGGGACACAAAAUUAUGUUGCAAGCAAUGGCUCUGAGCAAUCCCCAAAUAUGCGUUAACAACCUCGCCCGUAACGCAAUUCUUCGAAACUCCUUCCAGAAUCGCAGCAAUAUAGGACUCAGCCUGCUAUGGGCUCUUGGACAAGGUGGCUUCGGUGAUCUCAACGUUGGGCUCAAAGUUUGGCAAGAUAUCAUGGUGCCCGUCAUAGAACUGAAAACCUACAGUAAAUAUGUCUGCGAGUAUAUCCACAGAAUACUCUCCAAACAUAAAACGACCAAGAUAGAGCUUUCGUCCAGUGAUUUCCUGACCAUACUCAGCUCCCUGACGACCCAGUCCAAGGCCAGCCGUGAGCUUGCAUGUCUGCUCGAGGAGGCCUCCAAACUGCUCGUGGAGCGGUACGUGGUCAGCGCGCCGAAAACUUCCAACACGUUCACGACGCUGUUCAAAAACAUCCCGUUUAUCGCCAAACCAGAACUGAUAUACUUUGGACUGAUAUUGUGUCUUAUAGAGGAUCCGGAGUGUUGGGCCGCCUGGCGCGGCCUUUAUCGGAAAAAUGUGCAACACACCGUUGCUCUGUUGAGUUAUUUUGAUGAUUUAGACGAUUCGGCGCCAGAAUUGUCGCUUAAAUUGAUCAAUGAUAGUUUGUUUCAUAAGUUUUUGUACGAUAUUCAAGUGAUAAAUGUUGAGCUUGGACAGAGCAGGAAGAAAGUCGAGGGUCUGAAACCGUCUAUUAAUGUGCUACAGCAAGUACAAGAGAAGGUCGCCUCGAAGAAGAACAAAUCCGCCAAGUCCAACAAAGCGUCCAAAUCAAAGAGUACCUCGGUAUGCUGCAGUUUGCUGAUGGGAACAUUCCUGCUGUUUGGAUUAACCGGUGGACUGAUUGGUUUCGAUACGUACCGGGCGGGAGGCAAAUUCGAGAAUUCCCAGACCGGCCAGCUGCUGAAACAGGCGGGCCUGCUUCCAGCGGUACAGGACACAUGGACCUGCUCGCUCAAAUAUAGCGCCCGCGGCUACAAGUGGGCCGAAGAGAACGUGCCCGUCUAUUACCAAAAGACGAGUAAAGCCGUUGGACCAUACGUUGAGUUUUCGAUAGACCUCAGCAAAAUUCUCUGGAAUGGGGCAAAGAAGGGCUUUGGCAAUGUGAAACUGCUGGUCGAGCAGAAAAAGCCAGUGGUGGUGGAUUUCAUCGAACAAUACGCACCAGGACUGCCGAAGAAAAUCGGCGACUUUGCCUGCUCGUCUUGGACCGCUGUAAGCACGUUUACAGUCAACACCUACAAGCACAGUUGUGAAUUCUUCAAAACCAAGGUGUUUGUUGGUCAGCUUUCGCCGGAAAACUUGGGAAAAGCCUUCAACAGUACCCAAGUGGCUGCUGCUCAGUACUAUAGCUGGUUCCACGAUCAGGUCGAUUUCUAUGCCAAGAUCAAGUAAGUGAUGCCGGGAAGCUGUGGCGCUACGGAGAACGCAAGGGGAGCUAUAACAAAGAGAAUUAUGUGGUAAACACUCGAAAGACUGCAACGUCGUCCGCCAUUUACUGUGCAGCAAAACAAUGAUACAACGUGAAACAGAUGAGAAAAAAAAGUAAAAACUGUCUCGAAAGAAUAUACCCUCUCUCUCGGUCGACAAAAUCCCACUCGAUUAGGAUGAUGUGGAACAGCAAAACUCUCAUGGUAGCGGGAUUGGAGCGCUACCGACUCGAAGGAAAUAAUAGUUUAUGUAUAACAAGUUGAUGAAGAACAAAGAUUGAUUAGAAAUGUAACGAUUAUUAUUUUGUUUUCUGUGCGAUUGUUAAGCUAACACAUCCUUCAUUUUCAUUGUGAACGUAACGUAGAGUGUGAAAGAGAAAAAAUAAUGAAACCACAAAUGCGCGCGAACCUCGUAGAGCCAGCAAAAGUAUGAUGAGGUGGUGUGUGGUCUAUUACAUAGUGUGUAACCGAUUAUAGUUGACCCCGCGAUGAGACGUACAAUUGACAGAGAGCGUUUAAAGAAAAAGUAAACACUGUAAUGUAAGCAUUUGAGAGUAACAUCAACAGAAAUUUAUUGAGUACAUUUGAUAGACUUUUUUUAAAAAAAAUAUUUUACUAAUUUUAUUUCUGUUUACUUGCUAAGGCUUCAAUAACUGUUUGAUGGUGGGAAAACAAAUAUAGUGAAGACUCUAAAGUAAUUUCUGUUGUAACGUAAGCGAUUUCCAGUA